UAAACCGUUCCCUCCCUGGGAGGCCGGGAGGCAGGGCUGCCGGUUGCGGGGGCGAGGGGCUGCGCGCGGGUGAGGGAGAGGACCCCCCAUCCUGCUCAAGCUCUCGCCACCCCCGCCCGCUGUGUUCUAGCGGAGGGUGCGCCGGGAGAGACGCGAUCCCCAGGGAAGGCUCGGGCUAGGCGCGCGAGGCGGCGUCCCCGGGGUCGGGGUAGCCGGCACCGGGAAAGGCGCUUCGGGGACACCCCGAAAGUGAGUCCAGCUGGGGGAAGGAGCCGAGGGCACCUCGGGCGCUCCGGCCGGAGAGGAAGGUGGGCGGGAGCAAACUUUCUUGGAAGGCAGAGGCCAAACUCUGCCGGGGCAGCUAGGGGCCGCGCGCAGAGGGAGGAGCGGUCGGCGCGGCGGGAGGGCGCGGGGCGCGGGGCGCGGGCCGGCCGCUGAGGGGGCCGCGGCGUGAGGCGGAGCCCGGGCGCGCCGCCAGGCUGGUGGGGGCCCCGUCGGGCUGCAGAUUCCCUCCGGCUCCCGGAGCCGCGCGGCAGGACCGGCCAGGAAGCGCCAUGGAGGGGAGCCCCAUCCCGGUGCUGACGGUGCCCACGGCGCCCUACGAGGACCAGCGGCCGGCGGGCGGCGGGGGGCUGCGGCGGCCCACCGGGCUCUUCGAGGGCCAGCGCAACUACCUGCCCAACUUCAUCCAGAGCGUGCUGUCGUCCAUCGACCUGCGCGACCGCCAGGGCUGCACCAUGGUGGUGGGCAGCGACGGCAGGUACUUCAGCAGGACGGCCACGGAGAUCGUGGUGCAGAUGGCGGCGGCCAACGGGAUUGGUCGACUGAUUAUUGGACAGAAUGGCAUCUUGUCAACACCUGCUGUUUCCUGCAUUAUCAGAAAGAUCAAGGCAGCUGGUGGAAUCAUCCUGACAGCCAGCCACUGCCCUGGAGGACCAGGGGGAGAGUUUGGAGUGAAGUUUAAUGUUGCCAAUGGAGAUUUAUUUUUGGUGGUGCAUUAUUUUCAAAUUUUAGGUCCCGCGCCAGAUGUUGUCUCAGAAAAAAUCUAUCAGAUCAGCAAAACGAUCGAGGAGUACACCAUAUGCCCUGAUUUACGAAUCGACCUGUCUCGACUAGGAAGACAAGAAUUUGACCUGGAGAAUAAAUUCAAACCGUUUAGAGUGGAGAUAGUGGACCCAGUGGAUAUCUAUCUCAACCUCCUUCGGACCAUCUUUGACUUUAGUGCCAUCAAGAGUUUGCUGACUGGGCCUGGUCAACUGAAGAUCCGAGUUGAUGCCAUGCACGGAGUUAUGGGACCCUAUGUGAGAAAAGUCCUGUGUGAUGAGCUGGGGGCCCCAGCCAAUUCUGCGAUCAACUGUGUUCCUCUGGAAGAUUUUGGAGGGCAGCAUCCUGACCCCAACCUGACAUAUGCAACGACCCUUCUGGAAGCUAUGAAAGGAGGGGAAUAUGGAUUUGGAGCUGCAUUUGAUGCUGAUGGGGACCGUUAUAUGAUCCUAGGCCAAAAUGGCUUCUUUGUGAGCCCUUCUGACUCCCUGGCCAUCAUCGCCGCCAACCUCUCUUGCAUUCCGUAUUUCCGUCAGAUGGGGGUCCGAGGGUUUGGGAGGAGUAUGCCCACCAGCACAGCCCUGGACAGAGUGGCCAAAUCAAUGAAGGUCCCUGUGUAUGAGACCCCAGCUGGAUGGAGAUUCUUCUCAAAUCUGAUGGACUCAGGGCGGUGCUCUCUGUGUGGAGAAGAGAGCUUUGGCACAGGCUCUGAUCACCUCCGGGAGAAAGAUGGCCUCUGGGCUGUCUUGGUCUGGCUCUCCAUUAUCGCUGCCAGGAAGCAGAGUGUGGAGGAAAUUGUCCGAGAUCACUGGGCCAAAUUUGGCCGCCACUACUAUUGCAGGUUUGACUAUGAGGGGUUAGAGCCCAAGACGACCUAUUACAUCAUGAGAGACCUGGAGGCCUUGGUCACAGACAAGUCCUUCAUCGGCCAGCAGUUUGCUGUGGGGAGCCAUGUCUACAGUGUGACGAAGACAGACAGCUUUGAAUACGUGGACCCUGUGGAUGGCACCGUCACCAAGAAACAGGGCCUGAGGAUCAUUUUCUCCGAUGCAUCUCGACUCAUCUUCCGGGUCAGUUCCUCCAGUGGCGUGAGGGCCACCAUCAGGCUGUACGCAGAAAGCUACGAGAGGGAUCCCAGUGGUCACGACCAGGAGCCCCAGGCAGUGCUGAGCCCUCUCAUAGCCAUCGCGCUGAAAAUAUCCCAGAUUCACGAGAGAACCGGCCGGAGGGGCCCCACCGUCAUCACCUGAACGGCGGAAAGAUCACGCAGCAGGGCCAACAGAACGCGCUCAGCGAAGGGGGACUUCACUCCUGCCUUCUUGCUACCUGUUUGUGCCUCUUAUGACUUUGAAAAAAAAAAAAAAAAAAAGAUGAUUUGCUGGUGGGGGGGUGGGGAGUAAGUGGGGAAAGAAAAAAAACUCUGUUUUGUUUGGGUGUUAGUCAGUUUCUGCAAAUGCAACAGGGUCUUCAGUGGUUUGUGAAAGCUGCAUUGUCUUUUGGUAUCUGUGCUUUAUCACAUGAGGGAGGCUGCCCUUUGGAGGGAGGAUCAGUGGGCUGGGAGCAGUCAGGGCAUCUGUGUGUCACUGGUGCCAGGUGGGAGAAGGCUCUGGAAUAAUGCAGGAGCGUGCAACACCAGAAGUCAGCUGACCCUAAGUCCCAGGUGCCCCCGGGCAGACCUAAGAAAGCUCCCUUCAGCGGGGGGAGGAUUUAACAUUUCAUCCCAAGGCCAGAUCUCCCACGGGUGAAAGUUGCAGAACUCGUAAUAGCCCACCUCAUGCCUGCCCACCACCUACCUGAUGGCCAGUCACCCUCCUUCCCAUCUCCAGAGUCCCCACGCCACCCCCUUCACAUCUUCCAGAGCUUUCUACAAACCACAGUGGCACACUUUCAACCAAACAUAUCAAAGGGUGUUUUUCUCUCUUAUUUUGUAAAUAAUAUUAGCUCUUAUGCCAGCUGCAUCCCUUCAGAUUCAGCCAUUCAUUAUGCAGGUGGGAGGUUGUUUCUUGGCAGGACUCUGAGAAAGAACGCUGAACAUUUUCGGGCCCUUCCUUGGUUGUAUCACAUGGGUUGAUACUAAUUCCUGCUGAGAAGACAAAAAUACCACAGGCGGCUAUCUUUCUGACUUUCUCUGUCUGCUGUCUUAUCUCCCAAUAAGGGCCUGUUUUCAUGCACUUGUUUGGACACAGUUCAGAUCUUACGUAUCGUGGCUGUAAAAGGAAACAGUGAAAUGCUGUGAAAGUAGGCGAUGAAGUGGAUGCUGGAAGAGAACCUUACUGGUGGCACAGUGAUGGGCCUGAUGAGAUGCAAGGGCCGGUGGGGUCCCCUGCUGGAGAGCAGAAGGUCACAACUGGUUUUCUUUGCCCAGAAAAAGGAUAUUGCAGCCCUGGCAGCCUCCAUCAACCCUCAGCCAGAACUCUGGGUGCACGGGGCCUGUUUGCAUAUGUUUUGCUUCCUUGGGAACGGCACCCACUUAUUGUGUCAUUGGCACAGAUAACAGGGUGCGCUUUGAGCACUCAGCAACGCGUUAUUGCUAUAGUCAAGAUUAGGGCAAGCAGGGAGACAUUCCCAGCGAGGUAUUUGUUUCCAUGUUCUAUCUAUGCUUCUGUCAGAAACUUGCUAGGACCUUUAGUAGCCAAUAAAAAAGAAAUUUCUGAUUUCAACCUUA